GGAGAAAAUGCUUACAUAGUAAUAUCCUUGGAAAACAAAGAUGGUUCAACUUGUGAAAACUUUACAGCUUCACCAACUGAAAUACAAGGAAGUGGACGAGUUAUGAUCCUCGUCCAUAACUCCGAUUUGUUGGAUUAUGAGAAACUGCGGAAUACAACAAUUUUGGUGUUUGCUACUGGAAAAAAAUCAAAUUUUUCCGAUAAUGCGACAAUAUAUAUUGAUAUCACGGAUAAGAAUGACAAUGCUCCAAAGUUCAACAGCUCUGGCUUUGAACUAUCCGUCAGCGAGAACGCAGAAAAUGGAACUUAUGUAAAUCGGAUCACGGGGACAGACGCAGACUCCUCGCCAGAUUUUAAAAUAAAAACGUACUCAAUUUCAGGAGGCAGUAACCGAUUCAAAGUUGACAGUAAUGGAAUAAUCACAACAAAUUGUAUUGAUUGCAAAGUGGAGCUAGACACAGAAAAACAAGCAGACUAUUACAUGACUCUUUUCGCCAAAGAUGGGGGUGGAAGUAAAAGUUCCGUUGUUCUUCACGUGACACUUACCGAUAUGAAUGAUAAUUCUCCGAAAUUUUCUAGACCAAUCUACACUUCAUUUAUUGAAGAAAAUGUUAUGAAAGAUAUAAUCAAACUAGAGGCCAGUGACCGGGACCAACAAAAUAAUAGCAACAGUGAAUUUACAUUUUCAAUUGUUAACACAACAGAACAUGGGGACUUUGCAAGUCUAAAUUUAACAUUAAACGUGACAAGUGGAGACAUUGGUCUUGCAACACCGAUAGACUACGAGGAUUUACACAACACAGAAGGAAACGUGAAUAUCACAGUGGAAGUAACAGAUAAGGGACAGAAAUCGCUUUCAACUACAGCAGUUGUGCAACUAUCAGUGCAGGAUAAGAAUGACAAUCAGCCCUAUUUUAAUUCAACAAUGUAUGAAGCGAAAAUAGGAGAAAAUGAGACGUCAACUUUAGAAAAUAAAACAUUGGUAACACAAGUGUUUGCACAUGAUAAUGACGUAACGAAACAAAACAAGGAUAUUAACUACUUCAAAACUGGCGGCUCUGACAAGUUUACAGUUGAUGCAUCAUCUGGGAAAAUCUAUAUUCAAAUUGAUUCAAAACUUGAUAGAGAAACGGAACCUAGGUACAAUCUGUUAAUCAUUGCUAUGGAUCAAGGAUCUCCACCGAAAUCCGGCAGUACCACAGUGACGAUAAACGUAACUGAUGUUAAUGACGAAAAACCAACGUUUGGAGACAAUCCCCAAUACAAAACAUCUGUAACAGAGAACAUCACUGAACAUGGUCAUAUUGUCUACACUUGCAACGCCUCUGAUCGGGAUUCGGAUAAUAAACUUUUCUACAGUAUCAUUAAGAUCACAGCCGAAAAUGAAAAUGGAAAACCAGUGGCAAAUGCAUCCGUUAAGGAUUAUUUUGCUAUUCAUUCUGACAAUGGAAGUGUGUAUGUAAAUGCUGUACUUGAUCGGGAGACUGCACAAACCAUAACGUUGACAAUUCAAGUAAACGACACGAAUGCUUUCCUGAAUAUACCUCAAACUGAUACAGCAACACUGACAAUUACUCUUAAAGACAUCAAUGAUAACAGUCCUGUUUUUGAGCACAACAAAUAUACCGUAAGUGUGCGAGAAGACGCCAAUGAUGGAAGUCCGCUUGUCACAAUCCAUGCUACAGACAAGGACAUUAACCGAACAAUCAUAUACACAUUAGCGAACGGACCUAGCCCAAUUACUUCCUUCAGCAUAGAUAAUAAAACAGGCUUACUUACAAAAACAGGAGAACUUGACCGAGAAACACAUAACAGCGUUUUGUUACAUGUCAUUGCAACAGACAAUGGAGUGCCACCAUUAAAUUCAACUGUUAUAGUGCAUGUUGAGAUACUUGACUUCAAUGAUAAUCCACCUGUAAUUGAAAAUAUAGCAAACGCCAAUAACAUGCAUAUAAAAGAAAAUGCACCGUCUGGAGAGGAACUUGUAGAUGUAAAUGCUAAAGAUGCAGACGAAGGGCCAAACCAAAAUAUCACAUUUUUCAUGGAUCACAAUGAACAUUUUGCCAUAGACAAAUUUACGGGUAUUAUUUCUGUAACUAAUAGUACAGAUCAUGAGAAAACGCCGGAGAUAAAUCUUCGCAUAACUGCAAAGGACAAUCCACUGAACGAGAAGGUGCAAAAAAGCAGUUUCAUCACUUUGAGGGUUUUUAUUGACGACGAGAAUGACAACAGCCCAACAUUUGUUAAAGAUGAGUACUCUGCAAGCGUGGCGGAAGACAAGGCUGUCGAAUCAGUUGUAAUUCAAGUCACAGCAAAAGAUGCAGAUGAAAAAGAUACAAACAAUUCAAAAAUUAAUUACGAGGUAGUGGACACACUUAACGGCAAAUUUUCUAUCGACCAAAAUACCGGAGAAAUAAAAAUCAAUUCUUCGCUGAUCGACUUAGUAGGCAGUUAUCAAUUACAAAUCAUGGCCUUUGACCAAGGUAAUCCUCAACUGAAUGGAACGACAUUUGUUAACAUAAAUGUGACGGACAAAAAUAGACACGCUCCUGAAAUUGAAAAUUACUUGACUGAAGGAAAUGAAUUGAAAGUUUAUGAGUGUGCUGUUAAGGGUUCCGUGAUACAUACAUUCAGUUACACAGAUAAAGACCACGGUAUGAAUGCCGAAGCAACCUUCAACAUUAGUGUACUUCAAGACAACGUAACUGGAGUUUUCAGUUUGACCCCUACUGGAGAGCUGAAAGUAGCGGGAAAGUUAGAUGUCAAUAAGAAAGCAAAGUAUCAGUUUGGUAUUGUUGCCACCGACAAGGGAAAUCCGUCAUUAACUUCCGACAUGAUGAAAAUUUCAAUAGUUCUUAUUGAUGUUAAUGACCAUUUGCCGUCGUUUAAGCUGCCUAACGUUAGAUGGUCAAUACAGGAAAACACGACGUAUAAAGAUUACAUUGGUACAGUGACUGCAGUUGAUGAAGACAAGGAUUCUGAACCUUGUUAUAAUAUCACAAGUUCCAAAUGGGAAGACAGUUUCCGUGUCAACAAAAGCAAUGGGCACAUUUUCAGUGUAAAGCAACUUGAUCGCGAACUUACGUCAUUUGUUUCAUUUAAUGUGACCGUUAAGGACUGUUCCAUCUCAAAGAACGUUUCCGAAGCCUGUAAUAAAACGUCUACCAGUGAAAUUGAAAAGAUGAAACAACAGACAAAUGACACUAUUGAAGUAACUAUUGAUGUACGCGACACUGACGAUAGCCCCCCAAUUUUUAAACAGAAAAAAAUAGCUACUGGAAUGCGUAGAAACACACAGGCAGAUGCAGAACUCGGGCUCAAGUUGCGAAACGAGUCCUACAUUAGUGACGCGGACACUCCUCAGAAUGGCUACCUGUCCUGGACAUUUUCGAACGAAGGAAAUAUAACUGUCAGCUCGGAACUACAGAGCAAGAUCAAGCCAAACAGCGGCUUGAAGCCGUGUGGUGAUGGUAUAAAUCAUAUCUUUUGUGUAACGAUAAAUGGAACAAUCAAGAAUAACAAAUUAUUCAGUGAAGAUCUGUCUGGAUUUUUCAUUCUUACUGUAAAGGUUGCUGACAAAGGCGGUUAUGACACGGCUGAUAUUACGAUUUACUUGAUCAGUGACUCUCAAAUUAUCACAAUGACCAUCUUAAAAGACAAAGAAACAGUUUCAUCGUUUAAGGAUGACCUUUUAAGCAAAUUAAGUGAAAUCCUAGGGUAUUCCGCUGUGUUUGACAGUCUUCAGGAUCAUUAUGAAAAUGGUGUACUAAACAUUCAAAGUUCUGAAUUGAAAUUUCACGUUGUUGAAAAAGAAUCCCAGGCAGUUCUGUCGGGCAAAAAGGCCAUAGAAUUGUUCGACACACAUGCAAACAACGGAGAGAUGCUUGAACUACAAAACAAUUACAAUGUUAUGAGAGUGUCUCAACAAGCCGCUACAGAAGAUGACGCAGAAGCAGGUUCUAAGAAGCUGACGUUUAUUUUGGUUGCAGUGUCUGUGGCAGAAGCACUCAUAAUCACGCUCAUUAUAUUUAUAGCUCUUUCUGCAAGGAAUAAGUUUAGAAGGAAACUUAAGGCAGCCAUUAUCAACACUUCAGGUAAUGAAUAAGAACUGAAAAAAAUGAGGAUGGGUAUAAAUUCUCACAGGCCUUUGAGGUUAAAAAGCAUGUGUGCGAAAAGUUUAAUGUUGAUAAAAUUUGCCAUUCCGUU